CCCUUCCAUGCUCCUGACUCGUAGAACCAACAAGAAAAGGACUUCCUCCGCACGCUUUCAGAUCUUUUGCUUUCCUCACUCGUACCAAAUCAAAUUUCUUCGCCAUGCCACCACGAUGGCUACAGCAUCCUGUCACAGUCUUCUUGGUUCCUCUCACCAUUUUCUUGUGUCUACCAAACCUCUAUAAAUUUCUACCAUCUGUUACCGAUCCGUCAUAUGAUGAAGCAAGAUUGCAAAAGAUAGCCAGCCUGAUGGACGAAAUAUACACGACAUUGGCCGAUGCCACGUUUAUCCCACAUAAUGCCAUCUCUCGUGGUCCACAUGUCAUCAACACGACAUCGUUGCCAUGCAGACCAAGUGUCUCGGUGCUUCGCCUCAUGGAGCUCUUGCCGUAUGUGGACUCGUCACUAGUCAAUGAGCCCGACUGGAUCCACGGCGGCCAUUUCAUGGACUACAAGAAUACGGAGCACCUCGCAGACUUGUGCGAUCCUUGUCGUGGGCGGGGCAUCGAUUGGACCGACUACAUGUCACAAUCUGAUAUUGGCUUGACCAACUACGGCACCGGAGGCUGGAACGGUGACCGCAGUUGGGUGAUGAUCUAUGAUACUAAGAGGGAUGCAAUCAGGAUCUAUCGAGGCGAGCUGUGGGUUACUCGUGGAGGGGCGGAGCAGGAGUUCGGCGAAGAGAUGGAAUCUUGGUGGUUCGAAGACAACGGCGAGUUGUGGUGGGACAGGGACGAUGGCGCAGCGCACAUUCUGCGUGCUAUUGCGAAGAACUACCGAACCCUGAAGUGGACGCCGUGGGGAACAUCGAAUCGAGAGAAUGGAUUUGGCGUUCCUCCCCAGACUAUCAAAACUCUCCUUCAACGAAAUGGCUGGCCGACAGCGUUCGAUUGUGACCAGUUCAACGUCGAAUUCGUCCGCAAUAAGCACAAGCCUUCAGGCAAAGGUUACGCCGAGGCAGCGCUGAAGGAAGAUGAUAGUGUCGCGGGUCGGAGUUGACUUAUCGUAUAAAAUGGAUGGACGGAACGGGACGAGUCUAAAGGCGAGUGAUGGUAUGCGCAGGACCGAUUGAAGCACCACCGUCAAGCACUCGCAGACGUCACCGAUCUCGAAGAACAACAGGUAUAUUAAUGGCACAAAUAGCAAAACCUUUGGCGCCUUGAAACCUCCAA